CCUCUGUCUCUUAUUCUCUCUCUUGUUUUGCAGUGCAGAGAGGAUUGAAUUGAAUCAAGAUGGUGAAGUUCUCGAAGCAGCUGGAAGCUCAAUUGAUCCCGGAAUGGAAGGACGCCUUCGUCAAUUACUGGCUACUCAAGAAACACAUAAAGAAGAUCAAACUCUCCAGAAUUCCCAAACUAUCUAAACAAUUAAACCACGACUUCACUCGCUCCAUUUUCUACACCGUUCGCUUCUUCCUCUCCAAGAAAUUCGUCACUAGUUCCGAUAACAACACCACCGCUGCCGCUGCCGCCACCGCCCAUGUCCUUCAGGUGACGAGUAAAAGCAUGGAUAGUGAUGAUACGGAGGAGGACGAUGAAGAACAAGGGUGCCAAACCGAUCGCCUGCAAUUAUUGUCAGAAGAAGACGAGGUGAAGGGCUUCUUAGAGAGCUUGGAGGAUGAGCUGAACAAAGUGAACCAGUUUUACAAGACUAAAGAGGGUGAGUUUGUUGAGAGAGGAGAGAUUCUACAGAAACAGCUUCAGAUUCUUCUAGACCUUAAGCAGAUUCUCGACCAGCAGCCUCGUAAGCUCAUACCGGGAAUUCUUCCUCCAUCUUCGCCUUCCUCUGAUUUUUCUGAGAGUCCUAGGGAAUCAAUUGAUCAGGAAUCAACAGAGACAGAUGACAUAAUAUCAACAUUCGAGAAGAAUGGAUUGAGCUUCAUCAACUCUGCCUCGACCAGGACUAAAACAAAGAAAGGGAAGCCUAAAAUGGCUAUGAGGAUUGACAUUCCAUCGACAACACCGACACGGACAAUCGCAGCAUUGACAUCAAUGCUUUGGGAAGAUUUAGUGAAUAAUCCCAAGAAAGAAGGAGCUGGAGAUAUUAUUAAUAGGAAGAAAAUACAGUGUGCAGAGAAGAUGAUUAGAGGAGCAUUUGUUGAGCUAUACAGAGGUCUUGGUCUUUUGAAAACUUACAGCUCAUUGAAUAUGGUGGCUUUUACAAAGAUACUCAAGAAAUUCGACAAGGUAGCCAACCGGCAGGAAUCCGCGAGUUACUUGAAAGUAGUCAAGAGAUCUCAUUUCAUUAGCUCUGAUAAGGUUGUUAGACUAAUGGAUGAAGUGGAGUCUAUAUUCACAAAGCAUUUCGCCAACAAUGACAGGAAAAAGACCAUGAAGUUCUUAAGACCACAACAGCAGAAAGAUUCACACAUGGUCACAUUUUUUGUUGGGUUGUUCACUGGUUGUUUUGUAUCAUUGUUUGCCGUUUACGCGAUACUGGCACACUUGGCUGGUGUUUUUUCUCCUAGUAGUGGAAUAACGUACAUGGAAACUGUCUAUCCUGUUUUCAGUGUUUUUGCAUUGUUGAGCUUGCAUUUGUUCAUGUAUGGAUGCAACCUAUUCAUGUGGAAUACUAUGAGGAUCAACUACAACUUCAUUUUUGAAUUUCAACCAAGCACAGCUUUGAAGUAUAGAGAUGCAUUUCUCAUUUGUACAACUUUCAUGACUUCUGUGGUUGGGUCAAUGGUCAUUCACCUCCUUUUACGUGCUCACGGAUUUUCCCCGAGCCACGUUGAUGCCAUUCCUGGAAUUCUUCUCCUGAUUUUUCUUGUGUUGCUUGUAUCUCCAUUCAAUGUCCUGUAUCGACCAACUCGCUAUUGCUUCCUCCGCAUUAUACGUAAUAUAGUCUGCUCUCCAUUCUAUAAGGUUUUGAUGGUAGAUUUUUUCAUGGCAGAUCAACUUACUAGUCAGAUUACUCUGUUGAGGCACUUAGAAUCCACAACCUGCUAUUUUCUCGCGGGAAGUUUCAAGACGCAUAGCUACAAAACCUGCAACUCCACAAGAUUAUAUAGAGAACUUGCUUAUGUAAUCUCUUUUAUGCCAUACUAUUGGCGAGCGAUGCAGUGUGCGAGACGAUGGUUUGACGAGAAUGACUCGAAUCAUCUAGCAAAUAUGGGGAAGUAUGUUUCGGCGAUGGUAGCAGCAGGAGCCAGAAUUACAUAUUCUAGGCAGAGUGACAACCUAUGGUUUGCUAUAGUGUUGGUGACUUCUGUGGUGGCUACUAUUUAUCAGUUGUAUUGGGAUUUUGUCAAGGAUUGGGGUAUUCUCAACACCAAGUCCAAGAAUCCAUGGCUUAGGGAUGAUCUAGUUUUGAAGAACAAAGGCAUUUACUACAUGUCCAUUGCAAUGAAUGUAGUUCUUAGAGUGGUUUGGGUGGAGACCAUCACGGGGUUCCAUUUUAACAUGGUUGAGUCGCGAUUGCUGGACUUUUUCAUGGCGUCGUUGGAGAUCAUUCGACGAGGGCAUUGGAAUUUCUACAGGUUGGAGAAUGAGCAUUUGAACAAUGUUGGGAAGUUCAGGGCAGUGAAGGCAGUGCCAUUACCAUUCCGCGAGACUGAUUCCGAUGGCUGAGAUGAAAUGUGGUUGAUCGUAUAGAAUUGCCAUGGAUAAGCUCAUGAAGAGGAGCAGCAUUCGAUCAGUGCUUUCUACCACCAUUGAUGAAGGGAUCUACAUUUUGCUGGAGCUAUUUGGCAAAGAUUUCCCUCUGCAUCCAUCGAAUUGAUCCGUGCUUUACUCUGCAAUUGUAAAGCUCAUAGUUUGAUGAAUCUCAUUACUUUGGAUCUCUCUUUUAUGUGAUGUAAAUGUACUCAAUGCAAACAAUAUUGCAUUUUUUUUACACGUUUUGCAAUGAUUUCCAAGUUGCAUGUAUGGUCAUUUGACAAGAAUGUAGAAAUGACAACAAAUAAAAACUGGAUCCCUUUUUCCUGUUU